AUGGCUUCAAACACGAAGUACGCCCCGGCGCCCACCCAGGACCCCGAUGAAGCUUCGAGCUACGCGCAGGCGCCCCCCGCUUACCAGGCCGAACCCACCGCCGCCUCCGACACAGAUCGUCUCUUUGGCGGCGGCGCACCUCGCAGCAGUGAGGAUGACCUUCCAGAUGACUUCAAGUUCGGCGGCUCGGUAGCAGAGGCCACGACCGACAUUCGCAACCAGUUCAUCCGCAAGGUCUACGCAAUCCUCACCGUCCAGCUCCUCGUCACCGGCGCCGUGUCCGCCCUCAGCUUCUUCAGCGAUGGCUACAAGACGUGGAUUCAGGCUCACCCGGGUUUGGUCUUUGCAUCCCUUAUCGGCGCCAUGGUCAUGAUGCUCCUCACCUUCUGGAAGCGCAAGUCCUACCCGACAAACCUCCUCUUCCUUUCGGGCUUCACCCUCAUGGAGGCCUACUCCAUCUCCGUCAUUGUGUCCUUCUACAAGGCUAGCAUCGUCCUCAACGCCGUGUUCCUGACCGCAGGCAUCUUCAUCUUCCUCACCGCCUUCGCCUGCCAGACCAAAUAUGAUUUCACUUCAUGGAUCCCCUACCUCGGCGGCGCCCUCUGGGGCCUCGUCAUCUUCGGCUUCAUGUACAUGUUCUUCCCCUACAGCUCCACCGGCGAGCUCAUCUACGGCGGUAUCGCCGCCCUUCUCUUCAGUGCCUACAUCCUUGUCGACACUCAGCUCAUCAUGCGACACCACCACGUCGAGGAGGAGAUUGCCGCCUCCAUCAGCUUGUACCUCGACAUCAUCAACCUGUUCUUGGCCAUUCUGCGCAUCCUGAACAGCCAGCAGAACAACUAA